GGCUGUGCCCAGGCCUUUGUGACAGGCACCCUUGAGGCAGACCUGCGAGCCAUGACACCUAGAGGGCCCUCGAUAGGAGGGUGGCAGGUCGGGCCAGGCUAGAGCCCGGACCCGGGGUUAGGAAGGGGUUACAGGGAGGCAUGGAGGGGCCCAAAACCCUAGGCCCCUGUGGCCACUCCCACCCCCAGUGCCCCCAGCCUCAAGCUUCGAGCAGCCACGGAGGAUGCCUGGAUCCACCCUGCCAGGGCUUUGUAAGGUGGCCCUGCCUGGUGCCUCUCAGCUCCACUCACUCCAUAGAAUCUGCCAGGCCCUUCCCACCUCCGGGGGCGGGGGGCGGGGGGCCCAGGGUCGGGGCCGAGGUACCCGGGGGCUUUAUGGCCAGCGAAGACAGGGAGAUGCAGCGCCAGAGACCCAGAGAACCGGCGGGGAUGAGGCAAGGACACGUGGAGGCGAGGCUGGGGUGGGGCUGGCCCCUGCACUCAGGACGAGAACAAGGGGCACCCAGGCAGGGGGCGCCCCCCAGCUCGGGGCCCAGACCCUGCCCGUGCCCACCCAUGCCGUCGGGGUCAGGAAACCCAGCCUCGCCCAGGGCAGCCGCCUCCCCGCUCCAGAGCGUGGCCCUGGGGCCUGCAGAGCAGUCCUUCCUCCAGCUGGAGCAGGAGAACCAGAACCUGAAAAGACAGAACCAAGAUCUGCGGGAGCAGCUGGGGGCCCUCCUGGGGCCGGGGCAGCAGUUCCUGCCCCUGUGCACGGAGCACUCAAGCUGUACGGCCCUGGCCUGGGCCCCGGAGCAGGCCAGCACCCGGCCCCUGGAGGACAGGGCGCCCCUGCAGCUGCUGCGGCGGGAGCUGUGCCGGGGGGAGGAGUCCUUCGUGCAGCAGUCUCAGAACGAGCUGCAGCAGAUCCGACUGUCCUUUGAGAGGAAGAAGAUGGCCAUUACCGAGGUGUGGGACGGCGUGGCUGAGGUACACAUGGCCCUGAACAACCAGGCCACUGGGCUCCUGGGGGCCUGUUUUACCUCCUCUGACCCCCAGAACCUCAAGAAGGAUAUCCGGGGAGUACUAGACCAGAUGGAAGACAUUCAGCUGGAGAUUCUGGGCUCCAGGGCACCAGACCAAGGGGUGGUGCAGGCUGAGGGGGGUGCGCACCUGGCCCUGACUGCGCAGCACCCCCCUCCAUCCAGGGAGCGUGCCCAGUGCCGCACCCAGGCCCGGAAGGAGCAGCAGAUGGCGUGCGUAGCGGGUCCCUGUCCAGUCCAGCCUCCUGGCACUGCCCCAAGGCUCGGAGGACAGGGGGACCACGUUGGUGGACAGAGCCGUGGAGGUGCCACAUCUCGGAGUGAAAGAGUGAAGACUGCCGGGCAGGGCUGGGCAGAGCAGUCACCAGGAACACACUGGACUGGCAGGGUCUCCUCCCCGCCCCGGCAGGGCCCGGAUGGCUCACCAGGCUGGCGGCUCCAAGAGGUUAAGGCAUCUGUUCAUGUGCUGGGUGUGGGGAGGAGGGAGUGCAGUGACCUGCAGGGACAACCUGAGACCCCCGCCCCAGCCCAACCGGCAGAGGCCUGGGCUCCCUGGGAAGGAAGUGGCGUCUAAAGUGCUCGGUCAGGCAGGGAGGUCGGGGCGCUGGUGCGACCCCCCGGGGAAGGCCAUGCUGGUCCCAGCAGCUCCAGGGCCCCUGCCUGGGGGGUGGGACGCCCUGCGGCAGGUGGGGACUUCCUGAGGUGGGUGGGCACAGGGUCACAAGCCCCAGUGAGCUGGGAGUCAGUCAAGGUGCGGCUGGUGGAGAGGGGACCCCCAGCCCACGGCCCAGGGGCUGUGUGGCUGCCUGGCUUCCCGGGCGGUCCUCUCGGGCCCCAAAGCUGCCUACUUGGCGUCCCGCUCAGGCCCCGAGAGACCGGGGAAAAGGCUGGAGGCGGCUGAGUGCAGGCGGCACAUAGCCCCUCGGGGGGGUGCCCGGGCGGCCAGGCUCCAGGGGGCCCGCAGCGGCGGCCGGUCCUCAGGGAGGCCAAGGUGGCACAGGUGCAGGCCGGGGGGCACCCUGGGCUGGCCACGCCGGCCCCAUCCACGGCUGCAGGUGCCGAUCCGCCCCCUGUGGGCCGCAGCGUCCCGUGAGAGAGAAGCAGAAAGGUGGAGGUCAGCAUGGGGCAGAGGUGCCCAGGGCAGGGUCCGAGGCCCAGCCAGCCUCCCACAUUGGGCCAGCCCCUGCCCCAGACCCCGCUUUUGCCCUGGCUGUCUCAGCCCCAAGACACCGUGGAUUCCCAACGCCCUCACCCCCAACACUUGGCAGUGGGAGGCUCAGGUUGCCAGGAGGGCGAGUUCCAGUGAUGUAGCUGCAGGAGGCGGCAACGGCCCCCACAGGGCCCUCAGCCGACCGGCAGCCCCAGUGCAACCCCUGGGACCUCGGUCUCCUGCAAAAGCCCCUGGGAUCGGCUUUCGGGGGCCCUGGGGCGGCUGCAGCCCCAACCUCUCUCCAAAUGCCCUGUUGCUACCAGGGAUGACGCAGACCCGUGGGAGCCUCAUGCUCGUCAGCCAAAGACCCAUCGGCCAGCCCCCACCUCCCAAGCUUCCAGCUCAGCUUAAGUCAGUGGAAACACCCACGAAGGCCGCCCGUACCUCUGGCCAACACCUCUCCCAG